GUCGCCGCCGGCAACCGCUGCGGCGGUGGCCGCCGCCUAAUGCUUUCGCGCUCCUCCCUUUCCUCCUCCUCUUUCUCCUCCUCCCGAGUCAGGCCGACCUGCUCCGCUCGCGGGCAUAAAACUGAGACCUAACUUGCUACCUUGUCUGGAGUCACAUGUGCUUAGGUGACUCUGCAACUUGAUGGACAACGACAACCCUUGUCAACCAAAAAAUAAUUCUAAAAUGGCAGAACUGUUGAUGGAAUGUGAAGAAGAAGAGCUGGAACCAUGGCAGAGGAAAGCAGAGGAAAUUCAGGAUGAAGACGAUGAUCUGAUCUUUGUUGGCGAGAUAUCAAGUCCAAAACCAGCCAUUUCUAAUAUUUUGAACAGAGGUAAUCGCAGCUCAUCUUCAAAGGCAGUAAAGAAUGAGACACUCAGUCAAGGUGCUACUGAUGCUUUCAAGCCUACAAGUGAAGACUACAAAGACCCAACAUCAGGUCCAGCAGGUCCAGUGCCUUCCAUGUCUGGAUUUCAUCCUGAAUCUAAACCUUCACAUAGCUCUGAUAUUGUUCAGAACGUGUCUAAACCUGAUUUUACAAAGAAUUUAUCACAAGAUGACUCGGAUGAUUCUUCAGCUUCACUGUUCGACUUGACCCAGAAUACGAUGCCACUGUCCCAAGAUGGAUCAAUAAUUUAUAUAGAAGGUGAAACUCGGCCUAAAAUAAAACGUUCUUCUAUUUCUAAAGUAAGCGAUGUUAAUCCAAAAAAGCCAAAGACCAGCGAAAGUGAUUCUAAAAUAGAUCCUUGUGCUUCAUUGUCUUUAAUUAACUCUCCUUCAGUGACAUCCCCCUAUGUUAUGCUAUCAAAAGGUACAAAUAUCUCAUCAGCUUCCCAUAUAACUGGACUACCUUAUCUAAGAUCUUGUCCAAAGUGCAAUGUUCAGUUCAAUCUUUUGGAUCCUUUGAAAUAUCACAUGAAGCAUUGUUGUCCAGACAUGGCACAUACAGUUUUGGAAAUGAUUAAAGUAGAAUUUUCCAGUAUUGAAAAUAAGACUGGUACAGAGACAGGAAAAUUGAUUAUGUUAGUUAGUGACUUUUACUACGGGAGACAUGAAGGAGCUGUCGAUGAUGAAGAGAAGACUUAUACAACCUUUAAAUGCUUCAGUUGCUUGAAAGUUCUUAAAAAUAAUAUUAGGUUUAUGAACCACAUGAAGCAUCACUUGGAACUUGAGAAGCAGAACAAUGAGAGCUGGGAAAGCCACACCACCUGCCAGCACUGCUACCGUCAGUAUCCCACACCAUUCCAGCUGCAGUGUCAUAUUGAGAGCACACACACUCCCCAUGAGUUUUCUACUGUUUGUAAAAUCUGUGAAUUAUCAUUUGAAACAGAACAUAUUCUUUUACAACAUAUGAAGGACACCCAUAAACCCGGUGAAAUGCCAUAUAUUUGCCAGGUUUGCCAGUUCAGAUCAUCAACAUUUUCUGAUGUAGAAACUCAUUUUAGAGCAUCCCAUGAAAAUACUAAGAACUUGCUGUGUCCAUUUUGCCUCAAAGUUAGUAGAAUGGCAACCCCCUACAUGAAUCAUUACAUGAAGCAUCAGAAGAAAGGAGUUCAUCGUUGCACAAAAUGCAGACUGCAGUUUUUGACCUGCAAGGAGAAAAUGGAUCACAAGAUCCAGCAUCGGACAUUUAUAAAGCCUAAAGAGCUACAAGGAUUGCCUCCUGGUACAAAAAUUACUAUUCGAGCUUCACCUGGACCUGUUCAUUUAAGACCAUUAGCUACAUCUUCCAGGUGUACUCCAAGCACUUCUUCUCUUCAGGUCUCACCUCCAGAUUCUAAAAGUACAACUUAUAAAAUGCCUGUAAAAGAUAAUGCAAGUAAAUCUAAGACAAGAAUGCUUUAUGCAACUACAUCCACUGCAUGUAAACCUAGUACAAGUUAUAACCAAGGCAGAAGUGCACCUAAAUACAGAGCAAGAACCUCUUACAAGCAAAGGAGACGACGUAACAGGAAGAGUAGAAUCAGCAUAGCUUUGAAGAACUUAAGGUGUCCUCGGGGAGUUCACAAGUGCAUUGAAUGUCAUUCCAGAAUAAAAGAUUUUGCAAGCCACUUUUCGAUAUUUAUCCACUGUAAUUUUUGCAGAUACAAAACUAACUGUAGCAGAGCCUUUGUAAAUCAUAUGCUGAGCUCUCAUAGCAACCAGCCAGCUAAACGAUUUUGUAUUUUUAAGAAGCAUUCUGGAACUCUCAGGGGCAUUACUCUAGUGUGCCUUAAAUGUGAUUUCCUAACUGAUUCUUCUGGUUUAGAUCGUAUGGCUAAACACUUAAGUCAACGUAAAACUCAUACUUGCCAAGUUGUAAUAGAGAAUGUUCCUGAAAGUACCUCAGCUUCUGAACCCACUUCUGCCGGCUUGUUGACAUAGAUUCCUGCUCUAUGGAGCUCGUGCAACCUGGUGCAAGACAAGUUGGAAUUUCCUAAGUUCAAAGUUCUGAAGUGUUUUCUUACACAAAGGCAGUUUCCUAAGUUCAAAAUUCUGAAGUGUUUUCUCAUACGAAGGCGGUUAAACAGCCAAGUUCAUGACACUAGUUCUCAUUAUUCAGCUCUUUUCAGCUUUCAGAUGGCACUAGAGUCUUAUUCCACCUUAUCUUUGUGUCAGGUUAACAUAUCCUAACAUAUGCUUUUUUCUCCAGUUGGCUCUCUUCAAAAAUAACUUUUGUUGCUAUGGUCUUUUCUUGCUUUGCUUAAAAUAAUUUGUGUUUUUCUCUGCUAUACUUGCUUUCAGAAUAUUGCAUUCCAAAGGAUGUGACUGUUCAUCUUUUUUUGUCUGUUUUGUCUGACUUCUUAGUUAAUUUCUUAUGUCUUACAUUUUUAGGUCAGAUAGCUGUCUUCUUCCUCAUUCCUUGUCUGUCAUUGUUCUAUUUUUCAUAUUUUUCAGAUGCAGAAGCAACACAGAAAUUUCAAAUAAAGUCCAGGGUACUCCUGGUCAGUGUCCCCCUUCGAUGGACACAACUGAUGCCUGUUCUCUCUUUCCAAGGAAUGUGAAUUAUUUGACUGUGAGACCUCCUCUAGGUUGUGGCCUUAACAAAUCAGAUCUUAGGGAGAGUCCCUACCUUCAUGACUGGCCUCCCAUAAGACUGAUGCUAAUUUGGCCAGAGAUGACCUCAAGGCCCACCAAAUUGAGCACAACUUCCCACUGGGGGCUUUGGUUCUUGAUCUUAAGCUUAUGGGUCGAUUCUGACCAAGAAAAGCCCAUCAGAUCAAUGCUUCAACAUCCAAGUUGAAGUUUAAUCAUUUUGGCUGCUGCCCUUUAAUCUUCCUCUAGCAUGCAUGCAGUCCAAGGAGUAUAAAAACUGGUUGUGUAGGGAACCAAGUUUACUUUCUUGUUCUUGGAAAACAAAUUUCUAAAAUUACAGUUCCGAAAUUAGUUGUUUUUACUGUCAUUUAAAGUUUUAUCCAGUAUUAAACCUUAGGAGUUUUCAGCAAUACUAAUAUUCAAUUUUUUAUUUUUUUAAGUCUUAUUUAAUUUUGUUAUCUUAUUUUUAUGUUGUCUUCACCAAGUUUAUUAAUGUCCAUUUUGUUAUGUCCUCUUUUUAUUUCUUCUCUUUAAAACUUGUUUUGUGUUUGUUUUCUUUCGUUAAUAACUCCAAAAAAAUCUUUAGAAUUCUCCACAGAUUUCAUGUAGCUACCUAUUGGUAGCUUCUUAAUUUGGUAAUUGUUCAGACCAUUAGACAUUAUUACAUCCUCUGUCUAUCUUGGGACUAUCAUUAACAUUAUCUUAGUGAUUGUAAGUUCAAAGACAUAAAGAAUUGGCAAAAAACACUUCCUACAGACCUUAAAACAAGUUCUAAACUUACAUUUCUGUACAUCUAAUACAUAAUAUCUUCUUAGCCAUUAAUGUAAUUCCUUUGGAUAAAGAUAAUAUAUUCAGAAAAUAUUGGGACCAAAAAAUGCACUUGUUUCUUGCCCAUAUAUAUAUAGAUGUAUAUUUUUUUUAAUUUUGUGUUUGUUUAUUUUGGUUAUAUUGAAUAUAGAU